CGUCGUGUAGCGUGGUCAGAGCGCAGUAUGUUAGCCGAGAGUACUUGAGGUACCGAAUAGCUCUCAACCCGCGUAAGAAGUCUGCGAAGCCUGACACACGGGAUCCGCAUGUCUUGUGUUGAAUCACUCAUAAAUGGACCACGGGCAAAGUACGUGCAAACCAACCCACCACGUCGUUUUUCCGCAUCAUCGCAGCAUUAUGUUGUCCACUCUCGCAACUGCAAACACAUUGUCGACGGCCGCACUCAAACUCAGUGCUCCCGCUAGUCUAGGCCUCAAGGCUUUAUCACUCACUUCCUACAUCUUGACGCGCAUCGCGAGCGUCGUCGCUUCUCAGCAGGGAGUUCAACACCGACUCCGCGAUGCAUGUGAAGGAGUUCGCAGAGCAUGUCCGCACAAGCUCGUUGCGGGACACACUGCGCAUAAUCUCGUUUGCUCUGUAUCAGUCCAUCGCGACGGAGGAGCUCAUCGUCCAGCAGACCGGGGGAAACCUAGGACACCGAUUCGUUAUGGUCACGAUCGAAUUGAACCAGGAGGGUUCUCCCGACCACUUCCGGACGUACGCCCGCGUCGAGUUUUGGGGCAAAGAUGCUUUCGAGGAGCACCCCGUCUCGCAGGUCGUCAUGCUCUCUGACGAUUCCUCUGUGUUCAUGCGCGAAGCACGCGAGCUCGGACACCUUUAUCCUGGCGCGUCCCCCAGCGGAUGGCCGACCCUCGGCGAGUUCGCCUCCCUCCUCGAAGUCAUUCACUCGCGCACCCCGAACUUCAACGCCUUCGUGCGGAACUGCUAUUGGUAUUCCGAGACGAUCAUGUUCUGCCUCGCGCGGCGGCACGCCGACGCCUGGCUGGCCGGCGACGUCUGGCCGGAGUCGCUCGCGCAGUGGAUCAAGCGCGAGUGCGACGCCCCGGCCUGCAUCGCUGGGAUGGUCUUCGAGAACCCCGUGGCGAGGUGGGGCGCGGCGGUGGGCGUCGGAUGGUUCAGAUGGAGCAUGGCGACGUUCCCGAACCUCGUCCCGGAGAACGAGCGGGUGACGUACCAUGAGGUCGAUAUCGAACAGAGCUUGGAUAUGUGGAAGGCUGCUACGUUGUAAUGACGGACAACAUGUGCAGACGGUACGGCUCGUCAAGUGUGCGGGCAACCUAUCGCGAAGUGGUUAUGGAGACGCUCAAUCCGUUCGUUAAAUGUACAAUGGGAGUUGCGAACGUACGCGGGGCCGGACUGUGAAGUGGGUCUCAGGCUAUAGUCGAACAUGUGAACAACAGGC